ACGCUCUCCGUGUUUUGGUUUUUCCGCGCCGCGCAGACAAGAGGAGCUCGCGACAUGGAGCCAGCGAGCGGCUCCGGUGCCGUUAAACCGGACGGACGGCCGACGGACGGAGCGGUGGAAGCGGACCGGUCCGUGUCACGGUCCGACAGUGGGAGUGGAGACGAUUCCCUGGACGGCCUCUCAAACGCCGUCCCUCGCUGCCCUUUGACCCCGUCUUUAUCGCCAAGAAAGCGAACCACCAGCCAGUCCAAGACCGAGCCGCCGCUGCUGAGGACCAACAAACGGACCAUCUACACCGCCGGCAGGCCGCCCUGGUACAACGUCACAGGGACCACCUUCAAAGAGGCCUUCGUUAUCGGCCUGUGUGGAGGAAGCGCUUCUGGUAAAACCACGGUGGCCAAUAAGAUCAUCGAGGCGCUGGACGUUCCCUGGGUGGUUCUGCUCUCCAUGGACUCCUUCUACAAGGUGUUGAAUAAUGAAGAGCAGGAGCUCGCGGCCAAAAACGAGUACAACUUCGAUCACCCCGACGCCUUCGACUUCGAGCUGCUGGUCACUGUCCUCCGGAAGCUCAAGAAAGGGAAGAGCGUCAAAGUCCCAGUUUACGACUUCACGUCCCACUGCAGACGCAAAGAAUGGAAAACGGUUUACGGAGCCAAUGUCGUCAUCUUUGAGGGAAUCCUGGCUUUUGCCAACAAGGAGCUGCUGAAGCUGCUGGACAUGAAGGUGUUCGUGGACACGGAUUCGGACAUCCGCCUCAUACGGAGGCUGAAGAGGGACAUUUCACAGCGCGGACGGAACAUCGGCGGCAUCAUCAAACAGUACAACAAGUUUGUGAAGCCGGCGUUCGAGCAGUACAUCGAACCCACGGUGCAGUCCGCCGACAUCGUGGUGCCCCGAGGUGGAGAAAACUUUGUGGCGCUGGAUCUCAUCGUUCAGCACGUCCACAGUCAGCUGGAGAAGCGUGAGAUCACCGUGAGAUCGGCUCUGGCCUCGGCUCACCAGGGUCAGCCGUUACCCAAAACCCUCAGCGUGAUGGAGUGCACGCCGCAGGUGCACGGCAUGCACACCAUCAUCAGGAACAAGGAUACGAACAGAGACGAGUUCAUCUUCUACUCCAAGAGGUUAAUGAGGCUCCUCAUAGAGCACGCCCUCUCCUUCCUGCCUCUCAAGCCGGUAUCCGUGGAGACGCCUCAGGGCGGCAUCUACGACGGCAGGAGGCUGAGCGGCAAAAGAAUCACAGGCGUUUCCAUCCUGAGGGCAGGGGAGACGAUGGAGCAGGCUCUGAUGGCCGUGUGCAAAGACAUCCGACUGGGAAAGAUCCUCAUCCAGACCAACCACGACACCGGAGAACCAGAGCUGCACUACCUCCGUCUGCCCAAAGACAUCAGUGAGGACUACGUCAUCCUGAUGGACAGCACCGUGUCCACCGGAGCUGCUGCUCUCAUGGCCGUCAGAGUGCUGCUGGACCACGACGUGGCGGAGGACAAGAUCUUCCUGUCGUCCCUGCUGAUGGCGGAGAUGGGCGUCCACUCGGUGGCCUACGCCUUCCCCAAGGUCCGCAUCAUCACCACCGCCGUGGACAAGGAGGUCAACGACCAGUUCCACAUCAUACCGGGCAUCGGUAACUUUGGAGAUCGGUACUUCGGCACCGAAGACUGGUGUGAAAGUGAUGAUGGGAUGGACUUCUGAGGGGGGGGGAGGGGGGGUUGUUACAGAAGCAAAAACAGUCCUUCACCCCUCGCUGCUCCGGCGACAUCGUGAUCGACGGCAGGUCAAUGGAGGCGAAGUGGAGAUUCCCCCCCGUUGGUGCCAAGUUUACAGAAAGUUUAAAACCAAAGUCAGCGUGACCUUCAGGGACGUUCGUAUUUAUUCCGCUGCAAUCUCAAAAACUCUCGAUUUGAUGUUGUAAAUAUCGUCUUUAAUGUCGCGUUCAAACACCCGGGAGUCUCUUUUUGCCUUCAAAUGUUGUAAAUAAAUAAAUAGUUUGAACGUUAGUCGGGAAGCUUUUACUUUGUUCAACAGCAGUUAAAGAAGUUCUUCAGUGAUCAAUCGAUUGUUCUGCACUAAAAACAAGAGUCUCUGUAUUGGAAUAUUAAGUCUACUUAGCUUUGCUAUCCAAGUUGCAUAAGCAAUAAAUUGUGUUUUAUUGUUACACUGAAGUAACCAGGUAAACUGCAAGAAAAUCAGUGUUUCUAGACCAGAACCAGAACCCAUCCACUGGUACUGAGGCCCAGUUUAUGGUCCAGGUCUUUGGUGGUCUUGUAUUUAUCAGCCAGUUGUUUUCCAUCCAGCAGUGUUGGGAAAGUUUGAAUUGUUAAAAGUGCAGAAAGCUAAUCUCGUGAAUCUGGCGUGUAUAUAAAAAGUAUUGAGUAAUAAUUCCCACGCUCCCUGAAGGCAACGCAGUUGAGGCAGGUCUCCAGCCUUUGCUGUCACUCAUGAGAAGAGGCUACUUUUAUUAAGGUCAUCUGUACUGUGUUGACAUCCUGUAUCAGUAUUGAGUGUGAAUGAGAAUCAAUUACUUGACUUAAUGUUUCUUUAUUACAUUAUAGAAUAAAAGAUAAAAGACAUUUAA